ACCUUCUCUAUCAUCAGCAAUACAACUGCAUAACCUAAUGAAAUUUCCCCCAGAGUGUUUUCAGCUGUUGCUGCCUGAGGCUGCUGAAUAUGACCAGCACCGUACGUACAAUACGAUUAUUGCGCACUCGCAUUGUCUCGGUGAAGGCUAGGUGCUACAAAAUGAGCGGGUUUUUUGGGAGAUCCAUCCAACUCAAUAUGCACAAAUUUCGAACAUCUGGCGGUUGAGCCAACAAGGCGACUGGGCUACUUCCAAUGGUGCGCCGCGUGAAGUUGGUCGGUCUGGAUCAGUGGAGGUUGCAACAGUCGCAGAUGAGUCGCAGGAGACCCCUUGGAGCGCAGAAAGAGUCCAGGAAUACCGCGAAAGGCAUCAUCGCCUCCAAGCACAUGGUGUCGGUGCCGACAAUGCUCGGAUUCGGCUCGACCAUCUUCGCGCACUCUGCGCCAUGGUAUCAUCCAACCUGAUGCUCUGGAAGAACCCCAGGUACGAUGACCUGCGACGCUUCGCGGAGGUGCCAGAGAUUGCAACACCCUCAUGGCUAGGCCCUGCGUACCGAGAGUCUCCGCGAUCUCUUUCAAUGGAUGCAACGGCGUGGAUGUACCGAGAUGCCUCAGCAACCCCCUUGACAGGACGGAACACUUUUCGGGAUAAACGGACGCUGCGCUUUGCACCCUCUGACAAGGCUCCGAAAAGCUCAAAAUGGCGUAGUUGGAAAAGUCGCCUUUUCUGCCGAAAGAGCCAACAAGCACGGGUCCCAGGCUUCGUGAGCGCGGCGGAACGCUCUCAACCCUCGAGAAGACCUCGCAGCCCGACGAGAGGAAAGAGACCGCAGCCAGACCAGGGCGGCUUAACUGAGCACCUGGGCGAGAGUCGAAGAUAUCGAGACAUAGUGGAGAGGGCUUGGCGGGGGGUAGAGGUCCUGAGAGCAAAGCGCGACGUUAGGCAGGAAGGGGAGGCUGUGAUUGAGAGCAUGGUGCCUGGAGUCAAGGGCGAGACAAGUGUUGGCAUCAAAGAGGCAGGCAUCACGGACGGUGGACAGGACGAGGUUGUGAAGAAGCGAAGGAAGAGAGACGUUGCAACGACGAUCCUCAGAGCAGUGUUCGGCUUUCCGCCUCAGUCCUGUGGGUGUUGCACUUUGGCUUCGGCGUCGGUGGCAGCAAAGGGCGGCGAUGCACGGGGAAGAGCGAGGGAAGUGUAGAUGUGGCAGACUAGCAGAAUGCAAUCUUGCUG